AUGUCUUUGAACUACAUCAAAAACUUUUACGAAGGAUGCCUCAGGCCUCCUACGGUGAUAGGCCAGUUCCACACCUUGUUCUUCGGCUCGGUGCGGAUGUUCUUUCUGGGCGUUCUGGGCUUCGCCGUCUAUGGAAAUGAGGCGCUGCACUUCAGCUGCGACCCGGAUCGCCGAGAACUCAACCUGUACUGCUACAACCAGUUCAGACCCAUAACACCUCAGGUGUUUUGGGCGUUACAACUGGUGACAGUGCUAGUUCCUGGGGCAGUGUUCCACCUCUACGCAGCCUGUAAGAACAUUGACCAGGAAGAGAUCCUUGAACGACCCAUCUACACCGUCUUCUACAUCAUUUCUGUUCUUCUGCGCAUCAUUCUUGAAGUCAUUGCCUUCUGGCUACAAAGUCACCUCUUUGGCUUCCAGGUCCACCCGCUGUACAUGUGUGAUGCCAGUGCUUUGGAAAAGACUUUUAACGUGACUAAGUGCAUGGUUCCCGAACACUUUGAAAAAACCAUCUUCCUCAGUGCGAUGUACACCUUCACUGUGAUCACCAUACUUCUCUGUAUUGCUGAGAUAUUUGAGAUACUCUGCAGACGGCUUGGUUAUCUCAACAACCAAUGA